CUGGGAUUUAAUCCGAGGGCGCUGCAGGGGUUUCUCCUGGAGCCUGUCUGUCACAGGGGCCGCGUGGUGCGUGUCCGCCAAGAAUCCGGAGGACCCGACUCGCGAGGGCGAAGCGGCGGAAUUCUCCUCCGGCUGUGCGGGUUCUUGGCUCCGCCCGGAACCUUCUUCUCCGGCGGGGGGCUCUCGUUCGGCGGCGCGGCGCCCGGGAAGCAACCCGGAGGGAGGGAGGCCGAGGAUCCGCGCGCCGCGAGACCCGCGACGUCGGGCUGUGGGUAAGUUCUGCAGUCCUUAAUUAUGCUGUGACUAUGUGGAGGAUGAACUGGCACAUGCCAAGCUCCUGCUGGGCUGCUGAGGGAUCAUCCUACAUGUUGAUAGUUUUGCUUGCUAAGUAGCAGCUCGACGAACAUGUCCAGCCUUGACUUUGAUGGACGGGAUGACAUAUUCUUCGAUGUGUCAGAUGAUAUUAGAAGCUCAACAUAUUCUACAGCUAGAUGCAGCAUAAGUGACCAAUUAUCAGCAUCAUGGAGACCUGAGUAUGAGCUGUGGACGAGUGAACCGAUGAGCGUCAAUGAAAGGAGGCACAGAUUCCUGAUUGGGAUGGGCUUAGUUCAACCUAUUCCUACUGGAAUCUCCUUUUCGCAGUGGCAGGGCGAUACCUUGCCUGAUCGUGCAUUUCGUGACCUGGAGGAGAGAAUUAGUAGCAUCUGUUCUUCAUAUCAGUCGUCUUUUUCUCAUUGUGCACCAGCACCGGAUAGUGCUUAUUGCACAAGGGAUCUGGGUACUGGGAACAGAGUUGUAGUUCAUGAAAACGAGCACGAUGGACUGACCGGCAUACUUGAGGAGGUUGGAACAGAUAAAAUCAUGAACAUAAACCAGUCUGAAGGUUUUCUCAGUUUCUCUCAGCUUGUUAAUGAGUUCUUGCGGAAGGGCGGUGGUCGAAGCCAUGUAAGAGGGGCGAAUAUCACCGCAACUGAUAAGCAAAAGGAUCCCAAGAGCUUUUGUGGAAGAUUUACAAGAAAGAAGGCAGAAGAUAGAAUUUGUAUGUAUGACGCACCUAUGAAUAGCCUGAAGACAAGCACAUUUUCUAGAACAAAAGUUGAUCAGCAGAACAAGAAGUGGAUGGACUUCUCUGCUGUCUAUAUGUGCCAAGAAAUCCAAGCCCACGGGGGUUCAAUCAGGGUCAUGAAGUUCAGCCCGUCCGGGUGGUAUUUAGCGAGUGUUGGCGAAGACUGCAUUGUGCGCAUUUGGAUGAUUCAAGAAGUUGAAUCCUCUCCAGAUUUGUAUGGCAGAGAGGCUCCCGUCGAAUACAUGGACAGAAACAAGGGCCUGAAAAUGAAGGUGGGAAAAGGCUGGAGACGUACCCUUGCCAUAAUACCGAAGAAAGUUUUCAACAUUGCAGAGACACCACUGCAUGAAUUUCAUGGUCACACAAGUGAUAUCUUGGAUAUGACAUGGUCGAAAUCAGAUUUUCUCUUGACCUCAUCUAAAGACAAGACAGUACGCAUGUGGAAAGUUGGCUGUGAUGGCUGUCUAGCAGUAUUCAAACACAGAGAUUAUGUAACAUGCGUUCAAUUCAAUCCGGUUGACGAAAGAUACUUCGUCAGUGGCUCAAUUGACGGCAAAGUCCGUGUUUGGGAUGUUUCUGAGAAGCGAGUAGUUGACUGGGCUGAUACAAGGGACAUCAUAAGUGCUGUGAGUUACCAGCCAGAUGCAAAGGGUCUUAUUGUUGGCACCGUUGCAGGGAGAUGCCGCUUUUAUGAUCAAUCAGGUGAAAACAUGGAAGUGGAGAAAGAACUGAAGGUGACAAAGAAGAAAUCUGCUAGUAGCCAGAUCACCAGUCUGCAGUUUUCAAGAGGCGACCCUGCUGGGAUCGUGAUCGCAUCAGCGGGUCCGAAAAUCAGAGUCUCCGAAGGCGCUGACAUCAGCAGGAAGUUUGAAGGACGGCGAGGCUCCAAGGCCCUGGCACCGCCGUCCCUGACAUCCGACGGCCGGUACCUCGUGUCGGCCGGCGCGGAUUCCAACGUCUACAUUUGGAAUUUCGACAAGCUAAGGGGCAAAAGCGCCAAAGGAGCGAGGACAGUUCGGUCCUGCGAGCACUUCUUCUCCGAGGGCGUCACGUCCGUGGCGACAUGGCCGGGGCUGCUGCACCAGGAAGGCUGUGCCGGCGGUCUCCAGUCGUCGGAGAAGGGCCCCACCCUGUGCCGCGACCGGGAUUGCUGCUCGUUCGGGGCGUGGUUCUUCGCGGACGGCAUGGGGGGCGCCGCGACGUGGCCGGAGGAGAAGCUGCUGCCGUCCCUCAAGUACGUGAACUGCGGCGGCGUGGACGAGCGCCGCCCCAAGGUGCCCGCCGCCUGGAACACGGUGGUGGUCACCGGCGGCCGCGACGGGGUCAUCCGGUGCUUCCACAACUACGGCCUGCCGGUGAAGCUGUAGGUGCUGGAAGUUUUCUGUGAUGGCCAAAAGAAGUUGGUGGAACGAGCCUGCUGACAGCCUCUGACCGUUCGUUGUAGAAUGUGAAGUACAUGAAAGUGUCAAGGAGUUCAAAAGGGGGAUAAUGUGCUUUAUCCAUGUAAGUUAUGGGGGGUAAAGGAUAAUUAAUCCAAAUGUUUUGAUCCGUGAGCUGUUUUUUCAUGGCUAUAUAAGCGGGUUAGUUUAGCGAUCA